AUGGCUGAGGGCAAGGCUGGCGGCGCCGCUGGCCUCUUCGCCAAGCAGGUGCAAAAGAAGUUCAGCAGAGCCCAGGAAAAGGUGCUGCAGAAAUUGGGGAAAACUGUAGAAACCAAAGAUGAGCGAUUUGAACAAAGUGCCAACAACUUCUACAAACAACAGGCAGAAGGCCACAAGCUAUACAAGGACCUGAAGAACUUCCUUAGUGCAGUCAAAGUGAUGCAUGAAAGUUCAAAGAGAGUCUCAGAAACCCUGCAGGAGAUCUACAGCGGCGAGUGGGACGGUCAUGAGGAGCUGAAGGCCAUUGUAGGGAAUAAUGAUCUCCUUUGGGAAGACUAUGAAGAGAAACUGGCUGACCAGGUUUUGAGGACCAUGGAAAACUAUGUAACCCAGUUCAGUGAGGUUAAGGAAAGAAUUGCCAAGAGGGGUCGGAAACUCGUGGACUAUGACAGUGCCCGACACCACCUGGAGGCAGUACAGAAUGCCAAGAAGAAAGAUGAGGCCAAGACUACCAAGGCAGAGGAAGAAUUCAACAAAGCCCAGAUUGUGUUUGAAGAUAUGAACCAGGAACUACUGGAGGAGCUACCUGUUCUUUAUAACAGUCGUAUUGGCUGUUAUGUGACCAUCUUCCAGAACAUUUCCAACUUGAGGGAUGUCUUCUACAGGGAGAUGAGCAAGCUGAACAACAGUCUCUACGAGGUGAUGGGCAAACUGGAGAAGCAACAUUCCAACAAAGUCUUUGUGGUGAAGGGACUAUCAAGCAGCAGCAGGCGCUCUUUAGUCAUCUCUCCCCCAAUUCGAACAUCAACAGUCUCUAGCCCCUCACCUACCAGUCCCUCUGCACUUUCCUUGAAGAGUGAGAGUGAAUCUAUCUCAGGAACUGAAGAGCUGACACCUGAUGCAGCCCAGGGAGAAGACAAUUCUGAGAUCAAAGAAGAGCCCUUAAAAGAUGAGGAAACAGAAGCAGAAGGGUCUGAAAUAAGCUCUUCUGAGGAAGAAGAGCUCCUACCAGACUGCAAUGGCACAGCCCAGGCAGAGCCCUCUCCUACCCCUGAGGGUGGCAAGUCCCAGGAGGAAGAUUCCCCUUGCUCGCCACCUCCAACACCAGACAGAGCACUAACACCUUCAGAGCAGCCUUCAUCAUCUCUCCCAGAAGUAGUUCUCCGAACCCACACCUCAAGGGAAGGAUCUGAGCAACCAAAGAAAGCCUCUUUCCAGAGGAAGUCAGCACCCCCUAGUAGGCCUCCUCCACCCAGAGCCACUCCAAGCCCCAGGCCCUCUUCAGGAUACAUACCCUCUAGCCCUCCAACCUCUGGAGGGGGUUCACCCACCAGGCCCAGGGCCUUGUUGGGGAGUGGGACUCCAAGUCCUAGGGCUUCCUUAGAGGCCUGUCCUGAUCCAGAACCACCAGAGAAGCCAGUAAGAACUCCUGAGGCCAGAGAAAAUGAAGACACCCACAAUCUGAACCCAGAAGAAUUUUCUGCUUCCCACACCUUGAUGAUCUCUCAGGUUCUUUCAGAGCCCCGACAGGCAAAGCAGAUGGAAGACAAGGAAGAAAAUAAUAAACUUAUCUCAGCCGACUUCCCUGAGGGCCAAGGCCUUCAGCUUCAUGUCUCUGUGGUUCCAGGAGAGAGCAACCUCACAGCACCUGAGUCUCAAGAAGAGAUGAAGGUCCAACAAGGAAAAUUCGUAUGGGGCCGCCUUUCUCUCCCCACCUCACCUCCGUGCUUCACGACCCGGGCGUGUGCCUACUAA